GAGCAACAGGACCACAAGCAUAAUCUGCUGCUGACCAGCUCCUGAAAGCAUGCGUGCACUGUAUGUGUCUCUGCUUUGUUCUCUUCUACUCGGCAUCCUGUGUCCUACAGGAGCAGAGGAGAGUGAAGCCACCGGUGGGAAGGAGGUGAGGGAGAAACGAAGCUUACCCUAUUGGGGCUUGUGGUCGUCUGACUUUUUCGGAUGGCUGGAGGAGCUACGAGCUCAGGCAGCUAGUGACGGGAUGCAGGACCUGGCUCGUACCUUCUGGGCUCACUUCCCCAUCGGCAGCGAGCUGGGCUAUGACAGUCCCGAGUCUGAUCCUCAACCUGAGGAGUAAGGCAGAGAAGAGUCUGAAGGAGGGUAGAAGUCACCUGUAACAUGUUUAUAGUUUAGAUGAUCAGUAGUGGUGCUGUUACCCUUUGUAUAUGUAUAAAA